UUUCCUCCAAACACCAAAUGCCCCUACCACCUUUAUUGGUUUUCUCUCUCACCGCCACCCCCCACAAGAAAUAAGCCUAGCCCAUACCCAAUCCUCUUUCUCAUCAAACCCGUCUCUCUCUCUCUCUCUCUCUCUCUCUAAAAACCAAACAUCAAAGUCUCUCCUCACCUCACUCCCUAAGAGCCAUGUCCCAACACUUCUUCCCUAUCUUUCUCUUCUUUGUUCUCCUGCCCGUGCUGCCCGCACUACCCGCAUUACCCGGUUCGGACCCGUCAUCCCAACCCUUUUUCCCGACCCCAUCGCCGCCGGCGACCAUUCCGGCAUUUCCGGAACAAUCCGACGUCGGAGGCUGCUCGUUGGACCUCCCGGAGGAGCUCUUCCACGACAUCAAAGCUUCCUGCGGCGUCAAAAAGGGAAAAACCGGCAGCCAGAGCCACCGGAGCAGGUGCUGCCCGGUCCUGGCGGCGUGGCUCUACUCCGCCUACUCGGAGACAGCUCUGGGCAAAGCUCGCAGGCCGCUUCAAACGGCGUCGUACGACCUCCCACUCCUUCCGGACGACUCGGAGACCUGUGUGGACAGCCUUCAAAAGGCACUGGACAACAGAGGCAUUGAAUUGCUGAACCCAAACGAGACCUGCGACGUCGUUUACUGCUACUGUGGGAUAAGAUUGCACCCACUGAGCUGUCCAGAGGCAUUCUUGGUUUCAUCUAAAGGGAAGCUUGUUGGAGAUAAGAGUGUGAAGAGGUUAGAGAGAGAUUGCUUGAGUAACAGCGUCAAUGGCUAUCCGGGUCUUGUGGGUUGUUCCAAGUGUUUGAACAGUCUCUAUCUGCUUAGCGGGGAGAAAACUGGAAAUUUGAGCAGGUUGGAGGACAGGAUGGGUAAAAUGCGCAACAGAGAUUGUGAACUCAUGGGUCUGACGUGGCUCCUCUCCAAGAAUCGAUCCGCUUACAUCCACACCGUUUCUUCGGUAUUACGAGCCAUCAUGAUGAGCACGGAUGGCUCUGAUCCUCAAUCGUGCAGUCUCAACAGUGAUGGAUUGCCCUUAGCCGUUGAUUCCUCUGAAAUCAACGAUUCCUCAUCAAUCGUCCCCCAAUUAUCGUUCUACCUCUGCUUCAUUCUAUUUUGUUUGUUAUACAUUAGCUCCACUGUAUGACGAGUAUUAGCUUAUCUGUAGUUCUAAUUAUGUGUAUUUACAAUGCGCCUAAAUUGCAAAUUUGUAUCUGUUGAUUUAGGUAUCAA